AUGGCUCAAGAUCGUCCAGGCGAGGAGAAGCCGGAGGGCUUCUCCAAGUAUCUCAAACGCAUGAAGACUGUACUUCGCCCACGUUCGACAUCUAAGCGGCAUUCGCAUGCCGCUCCAGAGACUGCUGCCGCGGCCCCAUCAGAAGCUGCGCCGGCACCAGCCCCAGUCCAACCCACUACUAGUACACCAGCCCAGGAACCCAGUGAGCCAGCACCAGUGGUUAUGACCGAAUUCACCACUACGUAUCAUGCGAAGACCAGCGCACUCUUCGCCAAGUACGGCCUGAAUCUCGACCCAGAUGCAUGGAAAGCCCCACCCGACCUUCAACAACUCAACCGAGUGACAAAGCCAAUCCGUAUGAGGGUUCGCCGUACCUGUCACCGUUGUGAGACAACAUUUGGCACAGAGAAAGUGUGCGUCAACUGCUCGCACACCCGCUGCACCAAAUGUCCUCGAUUCCCACCAGCCCGUGCUGAAGGUGAACCGCACAUCCACCGACCCAAGAUGCAGGAGUUGAGCGCCAACCAUCCCCGAGGACUUCACAUCACGCCACACCUCAAGUAUAAUGGCGAUGCAAUCAAUCCUCUGAUGAAGCUCUCACGUACGGGUGGACAGGAUUUGGUCCGGAAACAAGUGCGUCAGCGCGUUCAUCGCAACUGCCAUGUAUGCACUGUGCAGUUCACAUCGGGGAGCAAACUUUGCGAAGCCUGUAACCAUGUCCGCUGCAAGAAGUGCCCUCGGGACCCUGCCAAACUGGACAAGUACCCAGAUGGGUAUCCGGGUGAUGCGGAUCCGCCAAAAGCCAAACCCGAUCGUGUUUACAAAAAGCCUCGUCACCGAGUUCAUUAUGUGUGCCAUGUUUGCACCACAUCCUAUCCACAAGAUAGCGACACUUGCGCCAGUUGUGGUCAGACCAAAUGCGCUGAGACUCUACGGAUUCCGCCCAAGAAAGUCAAACGGGAACCAGAUCCUGAACUUGUUCGAAGUGUGGAAGAAAAACUAGCAGCGAUGGCGAUUACACCCAAGCCUGCAGUUGCGGAUGGUUGA